CCUCCUCGUCCGCGUCGCGCGCGCGCGCGCGGGACUCGUGAAACGGAGCGAGGCGCUCGCUUGGUGAUUUCGAUGCACGGUACGGAAAUAAUCGGUAAAUCGAAGGAGACCGUGAGUGAUAUCGCGCGCGUGAUCGUUACGUAGUGCUCGAGGCUUGUCAUUACCUGCGAUCUUCCACUAAGCUGCAAAGUAGUCGCACCCAAGGCGAUAUCAAGAACCAGACAACUUAAGAGAAGGAGACAUGCCUGGCAGUCACGGAAGUCAUCGAGACUGCUCGUGAAUGACGCUGAAGCGAAGAUUAUGAGGACGUCGCACGGAUCGAGAGCGAAACACUGCACCGUACAAGACUGCAGCGAGCGGUGAUCAGGACGAGGAGCCGGAGGAUUCCGGUGAGGGAAGAGGAUACUGGAUUCGUCAAAACGGUCCUUCGAGGCGGGUAUCAUGUAUCGACCGAACUUUUACGAGAGCACAUGUCUGAGAUGCGCUCAGACUGUUUACCAAGUCGACAGGGUGGGUCCCUUGAAGGACUUUACGUUUUUCCACGCUGGCUGUUUCAAGUGCGCAAUUUGCGGUACCAAGCUCACCCUGAAGACCUAUUACAACAAUCAGCACACGAUCAAUGACAAAGAAGUGUACUGCAGCAGUCACGUGCCCAAACCCGGACCUGGGACUCUAGAUGGAUCUAGCGUGGGCAUCAGAAGCGCCCUUAAUGUACCUAGAAGCGGCUAUGUUAACGAGCAGAUCAGGGCAGGAGGUGCGUCUCCGCGCGGUGUCUUCCCACCUUGUUACGAUAAUGUAGACUCGCCUAAUUAUGCCAGGCACCUGAACGGGCACGGCUCGCCGCCGGCUAACUCGUCCCAGCGCGAUGGCAUCCACGGCGGUACCGGCGGUGCCUCCUCGCCGUACAAUCACAAUUAUUCGGGAGACGGCAGCUAUCAAUAUGGCAGGUUCGACGCGAGCGCUCUGCACAUCGCCCAUGCGCUCAAGCAGACUGAGCUACAGAAGGGCUACAGCAAGGCCCGCGAGAAACCCAUCGAUUAUUAUCUGGAUCGCGAUGAACAGACGCGUCUUGAGAUGAAGCACCGAAAAGAAGAAGAUGAUUUAUACCGAAAAUUUGCGCAUCAUCGUGAGGAAGAGGAUCGACGAAUUCGCGAAGAAUUCCGAGAUGAGUGGGAGAAGGAACUGGAGCAAUUGUCGGCGAGAUGGGAACGGGAAAAAGGCGGAAGAGUUCGAACCCAACAAUUUCAGCAAGAGAAGGAGGAUCUGGAGAAGAACAUGACUCUACGUAGAGACAAGAAGAAGGAAAGUCUCACACGCAAGAUGCUGGAGCACGAACGGGCGGCAACCGCCGCGCUGGUGGAGAAACAGAGCUCGGAGAUGCUGGAGCUGAUCAAUGAAGCGAGAAGCGAAUACAUGCUACAGGAAAGUUUAUACCUUGACGAAGGAGACGGUUAUACUCAGGAAGCGCCGCCUCCGCCUUAUCCAUCGCGCGCGCCACCCCCGCAGCCACCAGCCCUCGCCAAAUACCAUAUCUACAAUGAUCCCCUAGAGUUCGCCGACAUGGAUCAGAUAGCUAUUUCGGUAGCCCAAGAAGAUCAAAAAACGUUCACCGACUUAGUGCGACAGUUGGUGAGCAGAUGCGGAUCGGAUAUAGAAAAGGCGAGGACAAUAUUCCGAUGGAUCACCGUGAAAAAUCUGAACACUAUGCAAUUUGAUGAAAACUUACGGGGUGACACUCCCAUGGGUCUGUUGAGGGGCAUCAAACAUGGCACGGAAAGUUACCACGUUCUAUUCAAACGAUUGUGCAGUUAUGCGGGUUUGCACUGCGUGGUCAUCAAGGGUUACAGCAAAUCGGCGGGAUACCAACCGGGCGUUUGUUUCGAGGACAACCGAUUCCGGAACAGUUGGAACGCCGUGUAUGUGGCAGGUGCAUGGCGGUUCGUCCAGUGUAAUUGGGGAGCACGACAUCUCGUCAAUGCCAAAGAGGUUCCCCGUCCCGGUCAAGCGAAAGCUAAGAACGACAGCCUCAGGUACGAGUACGACGACCAUUACUUCCUGACGGACCCGCGAGAAUUCAUAUACGAAUUCUUCCCUCUGCAAGAAGAGUGGCAGUUGCUUAAACAACCGAUUUCACUAAAAGAUUUUGAAGAAUUGCCUUUCGUACGGUCUUUAUUCUUCAGGUACGGCCUUUACUUUCCGGAUACGAAUACAAAUGCCGUUAUGUAUACGGAUUCCACUGGUGCUGCAACCGUGAGGAUAGCGAUGCCAGCACAUAUGCAAUCAUCCCUUAUCUUUCAUUACAAUCUCAAGUUUUAUGAUAAUGAUGGCGAUGGUUACGACGGUGUGUCGCUCAAGCGUUUUGUCAUGCAGUCGGUUGUGGGAAAUAUAGUCGCGUUUCGAGUUCACGCGCCGUGUUCCGGAUCUUUUCUUUUGGACAUAUUCGCCAAUGCGGUAACGCCGAAGGAAUACUUGACCGGUGAACCGAUGAAAUUCAAAAGCGUCUGCAAAUUCAAAAUCGCAUGUGAAGAAUUGCAGACGGUGAUGGUACCAUUGCCAGAUUGCGCCAGUGGCGAAUGGGGUCCCACCAAAGCUACCAGAUUAUUUGGUCUUAUACCCAUCACUCAUCAGGAAGCUCUGGUGUUCGCCGGGCGUGAGCUGGAGAUUCAAUUCCGCAUGUCGAGGCCGUUGACGGACUUCAUGGCGACCCUGCACAAGAACGGGAUUGAAGAGAAGCGCCUAUCCAAGUACGUGACGCAUUCUAUCGCCGACGACGACGUAGUCACAUUCUCUAUAAAUUUCCCCGAAGAGGGUCAAUACGGUCUAGACGUCUACACCAGAGAAUCCACAGUCUCACCCACCGCUCAGCACGACGUUACUGGCGAAAAGCAUCUACUCACGCACUGUUGCAAGUAUCUCAUCAAUUCCAGCAAGAGGAAUUGAGAGUAACCUCGAGCGUUUUCGUUGAAGUUCAGCUUCAUCCGAAAAUUUCUACUCUAGUUGUGAAUGGCGAUUACUAGCGAGGAAUGACUGAAAUUCUAGUGCUUAUUAAGACGAGCGACACACUUCUUUCGUGGUACUUUCGGAAAAUUAAAAUUAGUAAAGCGAAUUGUGAAAUAUUUUGCAGGCAUGAUGAACGUCGUCGUUACUUAUCGCGAUGAAAUGAUCACAAAUAUUUUAUAAUCCGAAAGUCUCGCUUGUCAUACUGAGCUUGUUCUAUCUUUAGAAAACAGAGAGAAUGUGCAACAUUCUCCGGAAAUAGAUCAACUAUUAAUGAUAAAUUAAUGACACUUUGUCGUCGAAUACAUAAAGGGAAAAGAGUAAAGAAGCCGGUCGAAUGAUACAAUGGUAACGAAGAGACAAUGAUGAAAGCAGUGACGUUUUACGUCAUUCUUCAAAGAAAGAUUCUAUUUUAUGCAAUUCCGCUACCUCGAGUCUAACAGUAGGCUUACGACUGGAAGAUAAUUAUUAAUGUAAAACUAACUAUGGAAUUUUAGUUUUAUAUGGGAGAGACAUUUUUCGAAGGGCCUCAAGUAGCAAUAAAUAUUUUCGUAAGUAAAUGGACGGGUUUAACGCGAUUUCUUGAACACUCAGUAUAUCUGGGACGUGCUUACGGUCGUGCUCCCUUAUAUCAUCUACUGGAUUAGUACUUCUGUAUAAUGAUGCUUUGACGCGAUCAUGCUUCUCUUAUGCAACCGAAUAAAUUAUUACGAUCUGCAAUUCCGUUAUAACAAUUUCAUCUCCUUUACUCUCACCAAGCUUUACUCUCACCGACAGAUUCAUAUAUUUAUCGCUAAUACCGCAUUAUUUUCAAUACUACCUGUUAUAUGUAUAUCCCGUUUCCGAUUGCGGAUCAACAUUAAGCAUGUGACGCGUAUAGAUCGAAGCAAAUAUAAUAUAUUUUAUGUACGAAAAAGUGCUUCUGUAUAUAUAAUGUACGUAUAUAUAGCAUCAUUACGACUUGUGUGUGGAAAGUAUUGUUAUCUAUAAAGAAUAUUGAAUUGUAUCUAAGGAAGCACUCGUCCAAUUUUAUUUAAUCUACUCUUCUACUUUUUUAAUUUCUAUUUUUUUAUAUUGCUCUAUAGGAUUCUAUUUAUUUUAUAAUUAGACUGUGUUCUCUUUUAAAAUUGAUAAAUUUGCAAGUCGUAAUUUUCGAAAUGCACAGGUGCUAUACUUUAUAUUAUCCCUUAUAAUGAUAUUCGCACAACCGAGCAAUCAUUUAUUUAGUGAUAGGAUAGCAUUCGCACUGUCGACUAUGCAAGCAAAAAUGUCGUUUAUAACAAUUAAGAAGAAGAUAUAUAUUUAUUAAUCGUGUAAUAUUAAUCUUUCUUGUUGUCAAUUAAAAUUUUAACCACGAAAGGAAUCCCCACAUUAUUAUCUUAUGUAAUAAAUGUAACUCGAGCUUACAAAGUCUAUUUUGUUAUCCAUUAACAUUCAUAAAUAUAUAAAUUAAUUUUUUUAUAUACCGUAGUUACUUUCAAUAAAAUUUUCAAUAUAUUCUUGUAUAAAGAUUUAAUAAAUUGAUUUCCACAAAAUAA